GCCAAUGGGCAGCACAGGGUGUGCAGCAGAGCUGGCGAUUGCAGCUGCGGAGGUGAGGAGUGCAGUGCGAGCUGAGCGGGAAGAGCCCCUUGCCAUGGCUGAGGCCGCAGAGGCACGGAAUGCUCCGAAUGCCAGUGGCUGAUGGAGCCACGGCGGCUGCUGCUGGACGAGCGAGAAACGCAGCAGGAGCAUUUCAGGCACGGCAAGGACAGGCCAUUGCUCUGCCUGCUGCCGCUGCUGCUCCCGCUGCUCCCGCACACAGUCGUUUCCGGCACCUCUGUUCUCUCGCCGCUGCGACGUGCUUUCUGCCUCUUCCUCACUCAGCAAACACGCAGCUUGCUCUCGCCAUGCACCUCGCACAUCUCAUCCUCACCGUCUUCCUGGCACAGUUCCUCGGCACCACGGGGCAGAUCACGGUCACCCAGGAAGAUGCACAAGUCACAGUGAAGCAGGGACAGCCCUUCCACACCACCUGCAAAUACCAGAUCAGUGGUUUUACUGCCUUGCUCUGGUACCAGGUUCGGAAAGGCCAAGCCCCCCAGCUGGUCUCCUAUCAAUCAGGGACUGGCCCCAGGCACAGCGGCCGGAUCACCACGCACCUGAACACCACGGGCAAAUACAGUGUCCUGAAGGUGGAGGAAGUGCAGGUGUCUGACAGUGCCUUGUACCUGUGUGCUGUGCAAGACACCCUGGUGCAGGGAGCUUGCUCGGCUGCGCAACAACCCAGGGAAGGCAGGGGAUAUGGCUGGUUCUGUGUUCCUGCCCUGGGUGUUCUUGCAGCAGCCCCGUUUGCACGGACACACGUGAAGCACAGAUUUGUGGAUGGCUCCACUCUGGUGUGCACGAGCCUGUGGCUGUGCGUGUGUGUCCCUCAUCGGGAGGGAAUUCCCUGA